AUGGCACUCUGUCUUGCACCUACGCUCGAGUUCGAAAAUGUGGACCACGCGACUCAGUCGAAGUUUCUCGCUCUAAUACACGACAUCUACCAAUCCACGUACCAGAAUGAGGAGCAUUGUUCUACUUAUUGCUGGUUUCGGGAUAUCAACAACCCACAGUUUGUCCAGGGAUUCGAGUUCUACGACAACGAAGACGCCCUCGCCGUCACUCACCGGGGGUCCGCACCUUACAAGAAAAUGCGGCAGUUUAUAGCUGGUCUGCAAGAGACAGAUUCGGGGCUAUUCAAAUUCCCCCAACUGCAACUUCUUACCCCGGUCGAGGGCUUUGUGGACGGCAGCAAUAAUGACUUACACUUUGAGCAUAGAGCUUGCAGGUUUCGGGUUAUAACGAUAAAGCUCUGCACUGACCACGAGUCGUCUAAAGGCACAGCUACGCGGUUCACUACAUCCUUGAAAAGCCUUGUCCAGGACCUUGACAGAACCCGCACAGCACUGGCAUGUCAUACGGCGGCUGCUGUGGAAAGUGGACGUAGAGAUCGUCAAGAACCAAGCUCUGAGCUUUCCACAACCCUUCACUUUCUAUUUGUUGAGUGUUAUUCAUCAGAGGAGGGUUGCCUCACCCAGCGGGAUCAAAACCAGUUGCGCCUGUAA